AAUGCGCUGGAGCCAAACAUCUCCAAGAAUGGGACUUUUUGGCUUCUGCUUGCUUUCUAGCAUUCUUCUUCUCAUACGCAUCAAUGGAAAUAACUGCAUGGAUAUUAUCAAUGGCAAUGAGGCAGCUCCACAUUCCAGACCGUACAUGGCAUUUAUACAUAGUAGCACUGGCGGCUAUUGUGGAGGGACUCUCAUUAAACAAAACUGGGUGCUAACUGCAGCCCACUGCAUUGUUAAUAAAUCAAAUGUAACACUUGGGGCUCAUAACUGGAGAAAUAAAGAAAAAGAGCAGCAGACAUUCAGCAUUGCCAGAGCAGUUCCACACCCGUGCUUCGAUAAGGAUCGAAAGAUCCAUGACAUUCAGCUUCUACAGCUCAAAGGAGCAGCAAAGUCCACCAAAUUUGUCUCAGUACUAAAUGUGCCAACCAAAGACGAAGAUGUGAAGCCUGAAAGUAUUUGUAGCAUUGCAGGUUGGGGAAUCACCAAAGUUAAUGGCAAAUCAUCAGAUGUCCUGCGGGAAGCUAAUGUCACUGUUGUAGGCAGAGACAAAUGCAACAAAAUCUAUAAGAAGCUUAAAAUUACUGAAAUAACCAGCAAUAUGCUAUGCGCAGGCCCAGCUAAAAGACGAAAUGACGAUACCUGUCAGGGCGAUUCUGGUGGACCCCUGGUUUGUGAUAAAAAAUUCAGUGCAAUAGUUUCAUUUGGAUACAAGUGUGGAAAUCCUAAAUACCCUGGUGUUUACACACGACUGACAGCAAAGUACCUGCAGUGGAUAAAGGAUAUCACAGGAGGGGCUGACUGAUAAUAUAUGGAAAUCCAAACCAGCUCAACUUUAUCAUUCGCUGGAUGGAAUAAAUUACGAAGGGGCAGAUAUGUUGCCAUUAGCACUUGUAGAAAGCAUUAUUACUCUUCAGAUU